UUAGUCUCAAUUCAAAUCAUGAGCCACAAACACUUUCUCAUCGAACUUUUACUUUGAUCCUCAACAACCCAUUAAUCCAUUUAUUGGGUUCUUUUGGAUGUAAUAACUGUUUUUAAGAUAAAAAGAUUAUUAACUCACAAAUCUUUGUUGAAGAAGGGAAAAAAUGUCAUUCACAGGAACUUUAGAUAAAUGCAAAGCUUGUGAUAAGACUGUUUAUGUUGUUGAUUUGUUGACUGCUGAUGGAAUUACUUAUCACAAAUCUUGUUUCAAAUGCAGCCAUUGCAAAGGAACUCUUGUGAUGAGCAACUACUCUUCCAUGGAUGGAGUCCUCUACUGCAAAACUCAUUUCGAACAACUUUUCAAGGAAUCUGGCAAUUUCAGCAAGAACUUCCAAACAACGGGGAAGCCUGAGAGGGAACAUUCAACGGUCCCAAACAAACUCUCGUCCUUGUUUUGUGGAACCCAAGACAAGUGCCCAGCUUGUAAGAAAACUGUAUACCCAUUAGAGAAGGUGACUAUGGAGGGAGAAUCUUUCCACAAGUCAUGCUUCAAGUGUGCUCAUGGAGGUUGUCCCCUUACACACUGCUCCUAUGCUGCCCUUGAUGGGGUUCUCUAUUGCAAGCACCAUUUUGCUCAACUUUUCCUGGAGAAAGGAAACUACAACCAUGUCCUCGAGGCUGCUACUCAUAAAAAGAGUGGUGUGGCACUUGUUGAACCAGAACCAGAACCAGCCGAGAACAAUGAGUCGAAUUCCGAACCAGACCAAACUCAAGAGUAGUCCUAACGAUUGCGUGCACCUCGGUUCCCUAUUUCAUUUCUAAGUUGCCAAAAAAAUUUCUAUCCUAGCCAAACACUUUUGUUGUGAUGAAAAUUUUUGUGCCUCAUUAUAUAGAAUUUUUUUUUUUUUUUGCUUAUUCAAGAGGUUAUGUAUGUGAUUUAUACAAAUGUGCACCAUACGUUAUAAUAAUAUUUUCAAUGCUU